AUGGAUCGAUCCACAAAAGACCGCCUAGACGAAUUCAAUCAGUAUGUGAUGAACCACAUACCGAUCCACCUUAUACACCUAUCAGACAUGGUGCUUGUUAGUCGUGAGGAUGUGAGGGAGCACUUCAGGGUGCAUUUUCUCCAGUCUUAUCAUCCACCAUUUAAAACUGUCAAGUACGCCACUCUGUCUCAUCGAUGGGGCGAAGGAGAGCCCAGCUAUGAUACAUUUGAAGAGAUGAAGAAGUCCGAGCUUAAAACUCCAGGAUUUGAAAAGCUGAUGAACUUCUGCGAAAAGGCUAGGGAGUAUGAUGUGGAAUUUGCGUGGUUGGACACUUGCUGCAUCGACAAGAGCAGCAGUGCCAAGCUCGACGAGUCGAUUCGCUCCAUGUUCCAGUGGUAUCGCAAGUCGAGAUCUGCAUCGCCCAUCUGGCACAAAGCAAGACAAUGGGCAACAUACCGCACAAUGAAUGGAUGGAGAGAGCACUGGAUACCCAUGACGCGUAAUCAGAAUGACAAACAUCCUGAUACAGAGCGCUCCGGGUGCAUCAUGUUGAGCACUCUGGAAAGCGCCACUGGAAUUCCUCGUCGUGACAUCUGCGACUUCACUCCAGCUGCAUUUUGGGUGAAUGAGCAGAUGCAGUGGGCAGCCAGAUGCAAAACAACAAGGGUCGAGGAUAUGGCCUACUCCCUGAUGGGAAUAUUUAAUGUCAGCCUGCAGAUCGCAUAUGGAGAUGGAGAGCGCGCUUUCGGCAGGCUCAUUGAAGCCGUCAUGCAGGAUGGCGACCCUUCUGUCCUGAACUGGAUGGGCCAGGCUGUGAAUUAUCACAAUUCGUGUGCUAUUCCUCAAUCACCGCAGUGCUUCAUGGGUGGUCGAGGGUUGGAUCUUGGAUCUGGGAGACUGGAUAUGACUAUGACCAGUCUUGGACUGCGAGUCCCUCUUGUAACACUCCCUCUCAAUCACCAUUCGAUAAGGGACAAUGACAAUAAAAUGCAUGUGACAUUGGAAUGCUCGCUGUGUCCAGCCAUCAAGAUUGAUAGUGCUAGUGCCAACGAGAUCUUCAGCAGCCCUGGAACACCGUAUGCAAUUGGGAUCGUCAAUCAUUCCCUCGUCAGUGACGGAACACGCGAAUUUCUAAUGAUCAGGGGCAAGUCAGCUGGCUUCCUCCUCACAUAG